AUGGCGCCGAAUAACCACAGCCGUGGCCACGAUGAUAGCCCCUCAAAUACCCAGAUCCCCCUUCAGGAUCUCUCCAGACCCGAUGAUUCCCCCGCCGACGAACGCGGUCGAGGUCGUGCCAACAGCGCGUCCAGUGGGAUCUUCUCACGCCGGUCGAUAAUGAGGAGAAGGUCGCGGAUGCAAUACCAGAGUGUCGCAGAGGACUCGCCGGUCGAUUCAGGCUCUGCGGGCAGGAAUCCUUUUCGUCCCUCACGGGCCGAGGAGGAAGUGGCCUCAAAUGACCUGGGAGCCCUCGCGCAGGCGAUGUCCUUUGGUAUCAGCUUUGAUGAGCCGCGCUCAAGGGCAUCAUUAACAGGCCCUUCGGCCAUGCACGACUUCGACGAUGCCGAGUCCGAUCUCGACAAUGUACCCUUGGACACGUACCCCUCCCACGAACAUAAUUACGCUCCUCAAGCUGAGGCCGAAGAUGACACUGCACGCUUGACCGACCCUCAAUAUCUUCAACCGAUCAGUGGCGCGGCUGGGCCGGAGGAACAACGAAAUAGUGAAAGUAGAACCCACUCUUCCCGGCUAGGUGAUGACCUUCCACAUAUCGAGGAGGGCCGUUCACGAAGUAUUGGAAGCAGUGCCCGGUCUCGGUCUCUGUCACCCUCGGCGUCCGGUGGGGCUCUACAGAGAGCUAGCUCGAUGGUGAAAUCUAUGUCGCAACGUGUGGUCAACCUCAGUAAUGAGCCGGAAGUCGUUCAACAAUCGAUCGAGAGGGAGGAGCACCACAAAAGUGCACGGCUAGACGGUCCUCCAAUCUUGCCUGCAAUGGCCGACUAUGCACAUGAUCCUACACCCGAGUUACCGCCCAGAGAGAAGCGGGCAUCCAAGAACAUGUGGAAGUAUAGAAAUAACCCGUUCAGAGGCCGGUCCCUUGGCAUUCUCGGACCGAAUCACCCAUUUCGCCUUUGGUUGUGUGACAUUCUAGUCCAUCCUUUCAUGGAGCCCUUCAUUUUGGCCAUUAUUAUUGUCCAGACCAUCUUGCUGAUUGUAGAAUCUGCAAAAUCCGUCUUUGACCGACCAUUGGCCGUCCAAUGGGGCCACAACCCCCUGGAUUGGGUUUUUUUCAUUAUUUUCGUCAUAUAUACCCUUGAAAUUGCGACGAAGAUCUUGGUAUCUGGGUUCAUGUUUAACCCGGAGGAGUACAGUACGCUCAAUCGCUCCCUGGGCAUCAGGAAAGCAAUAGCCGAAAAGGGCAGGAACCUUAUUACUCCCCACCGACAGAUGACUGCCAAAAAAGUUUCGUUUCUGCCACAGGAACCACAGUCCUCGAUUUUGCGGACUUUCACUGGGAUGAACACGCUGGACGGUGAACUCUUGAAUGACCCGCUUCAGAAACGCCGCGUGAGACUCGCCCACCGCGCGUUUCUUCGUCACUCGUUCAAUCGACUGGAUUUUGUGGCCAUUAUCUCCUUCUGGAUAUCGUUCGUUCUCUCCCUGAGGGGCCAAGAAGUGACGCAGCAGCUGUACAUUUUUCGCAUGCUAAGCUGUCUUCGAAUCUUGCGUCUUCUCGCCUUGACGAAUGGCACAUCCGUUAUUCUUCGAAGUCUGAAACGAGCCGCACCGCUUUUGGUCCACGUCGGAUUCCUCAUUGGUUUCUUUUGGCUUCUUUUCGCGAUUGUGGGCAUUCAAAGCUUUAAGUCCAGUCUCCGCAGGACCUGUGUUUGGGUCGAUCCCCUGGGUCAGUAUAACUACACCUCGAAUGACCCUUAUGGCACACUCCAAUUUUGUGGAGGAUACUUGGACAAUGUGACAGGCCAGCAAAUGCCUUGGCUUGACGCAUCUGGCGUCCCCUCAGCAGAUAAUCAUAAGGCUAAGGGAUACAUCUGUCCGAAAGGCUCUUUGUGCAUGGAGGGAGGGAACCCGUACAACGGAACCGUGAGCUUUGACAAUAUCCUACAGUCGCUGGAGGCUGUGUUCGUCAUCAUGAGCUCUAACACCUUCACUGAUUUGCUGUACUAUACUACCGACAGUGACUACCUUGCGGCGGCGCUUUUCUUCGCCUUCGGUCUGGUCAUUUUGAGCUUGUGGCUGGUCAACUUGCUGGUUGCAGUUAUCACCCAUUCUUUCCAGGUCAUUCGAGAAGAGAGCCAACGCAGUGCUUUCGCUGUCCAGAAGAUCGAUGCUGUCGAGGAUGAUGAUACUGCUACACGCAAGGUUAGCUCUCUCAAGCGCCUCUACGAUAAGACAGAGUGGCUUUGGGUCUGCAUUAUCGUUCUAGACCUUGUUGUUCAGGCUCUGAGAAGCUCAACCAUGUCAGCGGAUCGAGCUGAUUUUAUCAACAACACGGAGACCGUCGUCACUCUCGUUUUUCUUGUUGAAAUUAUUCUGCGGUUUGCAUCAGACUGGCGAAUUUUUCAUCGGAGGCGCCGGAACUGGUUCGACUUUUUCCUGGUGGUUGUAACUUGCAUCAUACAGAUACCUGCCAUCAGGAAAUCGGGCCGUCCCUACAGUGUCAUGACUCUUUUCCAAAUUCUUCGAGUUUAUCGAGUCGUGUUGGCAUUUUCCGUGACUAGAAAGCUCAUCAUGGUCGUGUUCAGCAAUGCUGUCGGUCUUCUUAACCUCAUCUUUUUCCUGUUCUUAAUGACGUUUCUGGUGUCUAUCUUCGCGACUCAGCUUUUCCGAAGCCAGAUCCCCCCCCAGGAUCCUAAUGGCAAUUCCAUCACAUUUACAUUCGCUGAUAUAUACAAUUCAUUCCUUGGAAUGUAUCAAAUCUUGUCUAGCGAAAACUGGACGACCAUACUUUACAACGUCACCGCCUACACUGUUUCUUUCAAGACCUCAUGGAUUUCUGCGGCAUUCAUCAUCAUGUGGUUUAUUGUGGCCAAUUUCAUCAUUCUCAACAUGUUCAUUGCUGUCAUCCAGGAAAGUUUCGAUGUGUCAGAAGAUGAGAAACGACUCCAGCAAGUGCGGACAUUCCUCGAACAACGCCAUGUCGGUGGUUCGACGCAACACGGCAAUCUUGCGCUCUCAAAGAUUUUUCGACUAGGCCGAGAUUCAGACCGAUACAAGGAUCCGCUUGACCAUGGGCCCGCUGCACUGGAAAUGCUGCUGAAGGACGCCGUCGUCCGAGAGUUCCUCGACGAAGAGGAAGAAGAUCAGGAGCAAGAACAGGACGCCCGCCGACGGCAAAGCGCAAUGCCCGAUGGAGCAGUUCAAGACACUGUCCAGCCUGGCAUGCUUUCACGGCUAUGGACAAAGGUCACCUCUCUUGUUAUGGGCCGCGAACCUAAUCCGUUCUAUUCGAAGCUUCAGUUUUCCGCGCGCUACGAGGAACUCGAUCCCAGGACCAUGGCUAGAGAAGUCGUAUCUGCCGCAGAGGCGCGAAAGCAAGCACAGCGAGAAUAUCUUGUCAAACACCCAAACUACAACAAGGCUCUGUUCAUGUUCUCCCCUCAUGAUCCGGUUCGGAACUUCUGCCAAAGAAUUGUCGGCCCAGGACGAGGUAACCAUCGAGUCGAGGGCGUGGAUCCAUACAAACCGGUAUGGUAUUCAUUCUCGGCUUUCAUUUACGCAGCUAUCGUGGCCAUGGUGCUUCUUGCCUGCAUCACUACGCCUUUGUACCAACGAAACAAUUUCCGCACCGAUCGCAACUGGUUCACCUACACUGAUUUGGGAUUUGCCGUGAUCUUCACGAUCGAAGCGGUCAUCAAAACGAUCGCUGACGGAUUCUUCUGGACUCCGAAUGCCUACUUCCGAAGCUCUUGGGGCUUUAUUGAUGGGAUCGUGCUGGUCACUCUUUGGAUCAACGUUGGUAGCUCCCUUAAGAAGGAUUGGGGGGUUUCCAGAGCCAUUGGUGCAUUCAAAGCACUCAGAGCUCUGCGGCUUCUGAACGUCAGCGACAGCGCCAAGGAUACAUUCCAUUCGGUGAUUAUCGUUGGAGGAUGGAAAGUUAUCGCCGCUGCCGCCGUUUCCAUGAGUUUUUUGAUUCCCUUCGCCAUCUAUGCCGUCAACUUGUUCAAUGGCCAAAUGAUCAGCUGUAACGACAACAACUUCUCUGGAAACUUGACUGCAUGUGUCAAUGAAUAUGCCAGCUCGCCUUACAUGUGGAAUGUGCUCGCUCCACGAAUUGCAACCAACCCGUGGUACGACUUCGACAAUUUCGGCGACUCUCUCUUCAUUCUUUUCCAGAUUGUGUCCCAGGAAGGGUGGAUUAAUGUCCAAGAGAGUGCUAUGAGCAUUAUCGGGCCAGGUAUCCAGCCCCAAAAUAACGUCGCACCGGCAAACGGCCUGUUCUUCGUCGUCUUCAAUUUGCUCGGUGCUGUGUUCGUUUUGACGCUGUUUGUGUCUGUGUUUAUGCGCAACUACACGGAACAAACCGGCGUGGCAUUCUUGACUGCUGAACAGCGAUCGUGGUUGGAACUGCGGAAAUUGCUUCGACAGAUUUCCCCCUCGAAGCGGUCUUUUAACGAAGAGAGUACGAAGUGGCGAUUGUGGUGCUAUCGAAUCGCCGUGAAGAAACAUGGCCGAUGGGCCCGCUUUGUUACUGGUAUUCUUGUGGUGCAUCUGCUCCUUUUGGUGCUGGAAUUUUACCCCGAGCCUAGCCUAUGGGAGAUAAUUCGAUCUGUCUUGUUUUUCUUGUUCAUGUUUGUCUACAUCGCAAACGUGCUAAUUCGACUGAUCGGCCUCGGGUGGCAUCGGUUCAGUCGGAGCUCUUGGGAUCUAUACUCGGUUCUUGCCGUCCCCGGUGCAUUCGUCACGACCAUCCUCGACAUCGCACUUCACCGCUCGCAAAUCGUCCUCGAGCUGAACAAGCUCUUCCUUGUCUCAAUCGCACUUCUCCUAAUCCCUCGAAACAACCAACUGGACCAGCUUUUCAAGACAGCUGCGGCUAGUCUGCCGGCGAUUGGCAAUCUUGUUGCCACAUGGUUCGUAUUGUUCCUCGUGUUUGGUAUCGCAAUGAACCAAGCCUUCGGUCUCACCAAGUUUGGAUCGCAGGAAACUCACAACCUGAAUUUCCGAGACGUGCCCAAAUCUCUGAUUUUGCUCUUCCGCUGCAGUUGUGGAGAGGGAUGGAAUCAGAUUAUGGAGGAUUUUGCCACGAUGGUACCCCCACUUUGCACGUACGAUUCCGACUUCUUUGACGACGACUGCGGUGGUGCCGCGUGGGCUCGCUCUCUGUUUAUUGCCUGGAACAUCAUCAGCAUGUACAUCUUCGUCUCGUUGUUCGUUUCGCUUAUUUUCGAGAGCUUCUCCUACGUCUAUCAACGAAGCAGCGGCCUGUACGCCGUCAGUCGUGAGGAGAUCCGUCGCUUCAAGCAGGCCUGGGCCACGUACGACCCCAACGGAACUGGUUUCAUCACGAAGGAAGCGUUCCCACGGUUACUUGGAGAACUUUCGGGAGUGUUUGCGAUGCGCAUUUAUGAAGGCGAAUUCACAGUCGGCGCCAUCUUGGACCAGUGUCGGACUAACUCACGAGAUUCGAUGGGUUCGUCAGUGUACACAUCACAUACCUCUCUGCCCAUACGCUCGCGGGAUUCAUUGGCCUCGUUGCAGCCACGCCCAGGUGACGUGGACCUCGCAGAGGGAAUCGAUAUCAAAGAGCUCUCUCGUAUAAUCAACCGCAUCCCGGUCAAUACCAUCCGAGAGCGGCGCCAGAGACUAAACACCUUCUACGAGGAGGUCCUCGUGUCCGCGGACCCGGAGCGCGGCAUCUCCUUCCACCAGUGCCUGAUGAUUAUCGCCCAUUACAACGUCAUCAGCGACAGCAAGAGUCUACGUCUGGAAGAAUUCCUCCGUCGCCGUGCACGACUCCAGCGUGUGGAGGAAGCCGUCCGCCGCAACACGGUCAUCGGCUUCUUCGAUACCCUGUACUGGUCACGUCAAUUCCGCCGCGCGGUUGACCGCAAGAAGUUCGGCCGGAUGACCGACGUCCCGCAGUUCACAGUGCCGGAGAUCUUCGUCGAUGAUCCUGGAGACUCCGACGAGGGUGAGCAGCCGACGGGCACGAUGACGCCGCAGACACAGCCCGAAACGGAUACACCAUUUACGCCUAUGCUCUCGCCGUCGUCGACCUCUCACCGACGGGCUGAAUCAAGCCCAACCGCGCGCCAUGGCGAUCUCCCCCGAAUCGAUACCACCAUGGUCGGCCGGUCGUCCGGUGCUAGCACCCCGACCGAAUGGUCUAGUAUCAGCCCGUCGCGCACCCCGCGCCACAUGUACGGCGAGCGCGUCUCCGACGAUGCCAGCGAGCGUAACCAAUCGCCCGCGGGCACCGACCACUCACGGCAAAACAGCACGAUGAGCGUACGGGAUGUGAUGACCUCCCUUGAUAAUUCCGCAUGGGGUGAGAGUAUCCGGCGCAGUUUUACGCAGCGGCGAUCGGGCGACCGAUCCUCCGAUUAA